AUGAACUACCAUGUUGGUUGUACCGCGUGGGCGGAGUUGAUUGAAUCAAGCAGCCAGGUGGAAUUAGUGUGCCCACAGCCCUCAGCUUUGAAUUUCGGAGUCGGAAACUUACCAAAUAUAAAUACAGAUACUACGGAGUCAACAUCCAUUUCAAGACCGCAACCUAUUCGACUCUUCGGUGAGGUAUCAAAUUAUGUGCCAGGAAAUACUGUGGAAAUCGAUUACACCAUGGGUGGCCCAGGAUUUUACAUAUUGGAUACUUUGGAUGUACCGGUGAUUACCGGGGGCGUGGCGUACGAAAUUCGCAGCUUCGAACCCAUCGACACGAGAAUCGCUUAUUCACCUCAGGGGUUUGAAAUUUCAUGGAUUUCCACCGACGAAGAGGGGGCUCCUAUCGAAUCCUUCAAGGAGGAGACAUUUGAUUUCCGAUACCCUGAUCUCGUCAAUGGUGAGUCAGGUGCCUGCGAUAGCUGUGAUUGCAAUCACCCUAUCAGCCCCUUAUCGCCGCAAAUUAUUCGAGAACCGAGACCGUUCACGAGCUUCAAGCAGGUCGUUCCCGACGUUCUUCAUGCUGAGGCAUACGAGAAUUACGAGUACUCCAGCAACUCAGCUUUCGCGUUGGUACCCAUUCUGAGACCCAAUUACACAACAUAUUUGGCUCGUGCUGAUGCAUUCUCAUCGAUCAGGGAUAAUAUUUGUAUUAUUGGUACAAACCUCGACACUUUUAUGGUGCGAAACACUAGUGCGCUGUAUACAGGUUGCGGAGAAAUUGACUACGUACCCCCAGUUGAAGGCAUGUGCACAGUAACUGAUGAUUGCCUCGCUCGGCUUGAUAGCAAUGCCUUAGUCACGACUUCGGCAUUUUUCGGACACCCUGAAUACAAAAAGCUUUAUGAUGAUUUUGCCUCAAACUCCACGAAACGAAGCAUGGAAUAUGAACUCGCAAAUGGCGAGUUUUCUACACGCCACGUUCCGGAUUUAACGGGAGUUGAGGGCCACACAGGGGUAACUUCACUGUACGGUACAGAGGCGUUCGAAAUUCUGGAGCCCUUCCUUUACUACAACCAAACCGAGUGGGAAACCCAGGACAACUCUGUGUUGCUGGAACAAGCAUGUAGCCAAGUUGUUUGGGAACCAAGCCUUGUGCCAUAUGAAGAAGAUAAGGGAAAGUUGGUUCUCACAAACGUCACUAAUGCCGGUACGGGAAAGGCUCUCGUGACCAUCACGGUCAAUUGUACCGGUGACAACAUAGUCACGCCACCAGCUAGUACAUAUACUGUAUCAGAAUACAAGCCUCUGGAGAGACUUGAGAUUGAAUUGAGGGUGACUGGCAUUGCAAACUCGACUACAAGCGAGUGCUCCGUGACAAUGACACUGGAAGAAAAACCAUUGUGGGUGUCAUCAGGGAAAACUGUAAACUGUCCAGAUAUUGCAACGAUCCCGACGUACUUCGGUCUAUUCACGCACCCUUGCGAUCUGGUGAGGCCCAAACCAGUUCUUGAUAUAAUCCCAACCAAGACUAGCUAUAUGAUUCUAAGAAAUAUCCCGACCAAGGUUUUGGAAGUCGAUGUCACCAACAAUGGCACAGAUGCAAUUAUUCGAACCACCUCCAAUUCCACUCGAUGUGUAUACGGCACUGGAAAUGAAACCGGCUCUUCUACAACGGAGUCCAACUUCGUGGCCAAUGCUAGUAGCACCGUCACUCAAAAUACACACAUUCUAACGGGCGAUGAUCCAGCCUGCGAUAUCAAUUUCGACUGGCAGAAGCACGAGUUCUGUCAACGAUUUGAGACUGUAGGUAGUCUCAGUCUAAUCCUCGCGAACUCUGAUCUUGCGGACGAGGACACAGAAUUGGGUAUCGGAAUGGCUGCGGGCUUAUCAGCGGCGGUGGGCAUCUCAAUCGUAUUUGCUGCUCUUGCUGUGUAUCUCCUGUACAGAAAGACUCGAGGCAGUAUGGGCGCUCGAGGAUCGUACCUGAGCUUGUCCGGAUUUACCCACGAAAGCAUGCUGGCACCCGAGGAAAUGGUGCUUCUCUCAGCCGAUGGUCAGUAUCGAAAACUGACCCAAUUCACAGCCACUCGACACUCCGAAUUAUGUCUGCUGCACGCGAACGAUCAGGAAGUAAUCGUCUUCGGCACAAUCCUGGGUAAGACCGGCGAUAGCAGGGACAUAGUGAUCGACGACAUCCGUGAGAUCUUUUUGGAUCGAGAGAACGAUGAUGUGUGGAUCGAAACUGAGCGUUGCAUGUACUUUUUGGACAAACCACAAGCCGAGUAUAACAUAUUCUUCAGUUCUUUGAAGACAGACCUGAAAGUAUUGAUGGAUGCUCAAGCUGCUGGAAAUUAA